AUGAAGGGAUUCUUCCAUGUUCUCAUCUUUGCUGCGGCGUGCGCAGUAGCAUCACGAACAACAAAGCGGCAAUCCUCACCUCGACCGAUGGAAAACCUUGGGCGAGGUAUUGUCGCUGUUCGUGCCCAGAACGACAGCGCUUUCAUCAGCUGGCGACUACUUGGUCUUGAUCCAGAAGACAUCGCUUUCAAUAUCUAUCGCUCAACGGAUGGCGCCAACGCGACGAGACUCAAUCCAGAGCCUCUUACUGGCGGCACGAACUAUCUGGACUCCGGACCUGAUCUCAGCCGAUCUAACGAAUACUGGGUACGGUCAGUUAUCGGUGGGAAUGAGCGAUCGGCUGUCAAUUCGAGCUACACACUUCAGGCUGAUACGAGGCAAGAGCCGCUUAUACGUGUUCCUAUCAGAUCAGGUGAUCAGAUCAAGUACGUGUGGGUUGGUGAUCUUGAUGGAAGCGGCGAGUACGGCUACGUCGUCGACAGACAUGGCGUUCAGCAAAGCUUUGAAGCCUACCGCAGCAACGGUGAAUUUCUGUGGGAAGCGGGCAUGGGACCUAAUAGCGAGAAUCAGAACAAUAUCGAACCGGGAUCAGCAGCCCUUGACGUCGGUCAUUGGGAUGGCUUGACCGUGUACGAUCUCGACAGCGAUGGAUUUGCCGAAGUCAUCGUACGCAUAGCCAAUGGUGUUAUAUUUGGCGACGGAGCCAUAUUCGACGAAGGAAGUAACGACGACGAGCAAUUCAUCGCUGUCCUAGACGGCCAAACAGGUGCUCUUCGCGCAUCAAUCUCUAUUCCAAACGACUAUAUAGAGCACGGGCCUUUCGCCGCACGUUUGGGCAUCGGCUACCUCGACGGCACCACACCGCACAUCGUAGGCUUCAUGAAGAACCGCCGUGACGACAAAGUCUUCAACCGUAUCAUGGCCGCAUGGACCUUUGAUGGCACUAGACUAGACCAAAAAUGGAUUUGGGACGACCAGAACGCUGGAGCAGGAUCUGACGGACACAACACUCGCAUUCUUGAUGUCGACGGCGACGGCGUCGAUGAGGUUGGCGAAAUUAUGUUCCUGCUUGAAGGAAACGGAACCAUGCGCUACUCGCUCACAGACUCAGGUAUCGGGCACGGCGACCGCUGGCAAGUCGCCAAGAUCGAUCCGGAAAGACCGGGUCUACAGGGUUAUGGCGUCCAGCAAGAUAACCCAUCCAAACUGUGGGAGUACUACUACGACGCACGCACAGGCGAGGUACUAUGGAAGCACUACGGUGACGCCGUCGGAGAUAUUGGUCGAGGCAUGAUUGGUGAUAUCGAUCCCAACCAUCCCGGCAUGGAGUCCUGGAGUGCAGGCGGAAACGGACUGUACAACGCGCCCAGCAACUCCACCAUCACCAAUAGUAGCGAACUCGCUCCCUGGGCACAUCUGGGUCUCUGGUGGGACGGUGACGACACAAUGGAACUGUACAACGACGGCAAAGUGGAAAAAUGGAACCCAGAGACUCCUACUACAUCUUCCUCGCUACCCCGCUUGUUCCGCAUCAGCGAUUACGGUGCAGUGAACCCUGGUGAUCCCAAUCCAGCUUUUCUAGGCGACAUAUUCGGUGAUUGGAGGGAAGAGGUCAUUACAACGAAUGAGGAUAUGAGUGAGCUGAUUAUCUUUACUACUGACCAGCCGACGAAACGGAGACUGUACACGCUGGCGCACAAUCCAAACUACCGGAACGGAAUGACGCUGAAGGGUUAUCUGCAGAAUGCCCAUGUAGAUUACUUCAUUGGAAAUGGUAUGAAGACACCACCGCAGCCGAACAUCCGGUACGUAGGUGUCUGA